AAAUCCGAAUCUGUAAGAGUAUAAGACCCCUCCCUCCCAGUCAGACGCUGGUGAAUCUCUCAGAUUUGACCUCACAUCCGUCGCUUGUUCUUCUCUUCCAAAAUCAACGGCGGCGAUUGUCUCAGCCACCAUCUAGAACUCAGAAGUAGCACUGUUAUCAGAUGGCUUCCUUUAAAGCAUUCUUGAACAGUCCAAUGGGUCCAAAAACGACUCACUUUUGGGGACCUAUUGCCAACUGGGGAUUCGUGGCAGCUGGAUUGGCUGACAUGAACAAACCUCCAGAAAUGAUCUCUGGCAACAUGACAGCAGCAAUGUGUGUCUAUUCCGCAUUGUUCAUGAGAUUUGCAUGGAUGGUACAGCCCCGCAACUAUCUACUUCUUGCUUGUCAUGCCUCGAAUGAGACUGUUCAACUCUAUCAACUCUCCCGUUGGGCAAAGGGACACGGGUAUCUCGUGGGGAAGGAGAAAGAGAAGGAAGCUUCAUCCCAGUGACCUGAUGCUAGCUUUCCUGAAUGAAUCGAUUUGAAAAGAUUUUGCGUUUGAAUUUGCCGAUGCAUGAAUAAUUGAUUAUCAGAAGGGGCGUGUGAGAUAUUUGGAUUUGGAAGGAGUAGGACUGCGGAAAAGUCUAAACUAUUAGUUAAAGGCAUAAGGGUGGUUUUAUAUCCCCAAGAUUCACUGACCCAGAAGUCUUUAAACUUCAAGCAUAGGCGAAGGAUUUGUCCAUUAUGUUUUAUGCUGAAAUUCAAUUUAAUUAUAAAGAUUGGGUCAUGAAAAUUGGACUGUGAGUAUUUAGUCAUUGAAACUUUGAUUUUAUGUCAAUCAUUUUGACACCCAUUUCUUCUAAAUUAUAAUUUGAGCA